GUUCUCUACUCUUCUUGCUUUUGAAAUUGUAUUAGAGAGAUAAUGCACAAACCUUAUCUGUUACCUCAACCAAUCCGAUUACUUUACUGGAUCACUUGACAAAGAUCGCACAUGUUUCCAAGGGGGAACCCGAGCCCUGUGAUGUCAUCGACAUCAGUACUUCAACACUACGGACCAUGACGCAUCGAACCAAAAUAUUUAAAGGGAAGAAUGACUGCUAUGACUUCCUAUGACACCACGACUACGCUGAUUUCAUGUGGUUCUCCUUGAACCCUUGCCCUUUCCCCCCAACAUCCGACAAUCAUUAUCGAGCUCUCGAUCUAUUAACUUCUGUGAACCACGGUCGCCGAUGAAUUUGAGAAUCUAUGAUGAGCGCUGGAAUCCAUUCCUGGGGGAAUCUAACUCAUGAUGUCAGGAUUGCAUGGAGUCCCGGAGAUGAGGUGCCUACCCUUAACAAGGGACUGCCGCGGACUGUAUCGCAUCUCAUAUAACCACCCUUAAUCUGCACAUGGGAGUAUAAUAAAAUUCCAAUUAAUGCACUUUAUAUCUGAGUAACCCGAUUGUACAGCAUGUCUUCUUCAAAGGUGAUGGAGAGCAGUGCUGUCAAUGGGGACUCUAACUCGUUGCCGCUCCUCCGGGAGACACUGGAGUCUGUCUCCAAGGAGUGUCCGACGCGGUUAGGGAUGUCUCCAAAUGAGAUUCGCACUAAAUCUCCAACUAUGGAUAUAUUUUUCGAUGCCAUUGCCGCAGAACGACUACGGCGUAUGCCUCCAGAUGGUAGUAGGUUAGAUGGGGCCCUACGCCGAGCAUCUCGCCUAGCCUUUGCGGUAGCCUCGCUAAGAGACUCCGUGGUCGGCUUUAUGGACGGGGCAGACGAGGGAGCUAUGAUGAUCUGGGGUGCUAUUCUGUUACAACUCGAACUGGGCAUUGAGCGCGUCGACAUUAUCGAUGGCCUGUUUGGACAGUAUGGCAGAGUGACAAUGGGAAUUUCAUUGCUUCUUCAACUAGAAAAUUACUUUCAAACCUACCGAGCCCUCCAGCAAGAGGUAACUGAGAUCUUUGCCCACGUGCUGCAACUUGUCAUGCAUGUUACCAUGGAAUAUCGCGAAGGAGAGCGAGCCCAGCAGUGGCAAACCAUGGGCGAAGCCGUGAAUCAUUCCUUCUUCUGUUAUUUCAAUCGAUUUACUACCCACUGGCGGAGAAUGUCCCAGGUCGCUUUGGCUACCGGGGCCCCAAAACAACAAAGUCCCGUGGAUCUUGCCGCUAUCUAUCAAUUCCUUGAAUUGCAAGAUCGUCCCCUGCAUAUGUUACUAGAAGGCCACAACCACUCGUUGGCGGAUGGUUCAUUUGCAUGGUUUGACCCGCAUUUGACUACGUUUACCCUCAGUCGGCGCAAUAUGAUGCUAGUCACAGGUAACCCCGGCUCAGGAAAGAGUGCGCUGGCUCAGUGGACCAUGGAAAAGCUACAGUCGUCUGAAUUUGACCUUUGGAACGUUAUUCCCAUCUCGGUCAGAUCUGAUGUGCCUAUUACGACGUUGCCGUUGAGCAUCCUCAAAGGUAUCUUGAGCCAAAUUCUCGACCACGCCGUGACUAGUCGCAAGACCCAUGAGUCCAUCCUCUCCGCAGUCACGAAGGCUCUAGAGCUUGCAACUACAGGAGCGCCAGACCCGCAAGUUGAGGAACACUUAUGGACUGCUAUUCGGAUAGCAUUACAGUCUAAUAUGCACUAUCUGCUAGUGAUCGACGGUAUUGACCAGAUAAAGCAUUCGGAGAUUACUGUCGGCACCUUCCUUCAACGCCUUCAGGAUGCUGUCUCUGAACGUAAUACACCAUCCAAGCUUAUCAUCUUCAGUCGACCCCUCGCUGCUUCGCAGAUGCCUCUCCGGGAGAGCACUACAACUCACCAGAUUGCGAUGACAGCUCCAUUGACACAGCAUGACCUCCAUGCAACACUAGGUGAUAUGAUGGCAGCCGAUGCAGCAUUCUCUGGUCUGGAUGUAUACCAGCGGGAUGCUUUAGCAACUGCUAUUGCCCCCCGGGCUCAAGGCUGCUUCGUGUGGGCCCAGCUCACAAUUGGGGCCAUCCGAAACCUAUCAACGAUUCAUGAGAUGCAAUCUGCGGUGAAAGCCGCCCCCCAUACCUUGGGAGACGUGAUUGAUCGACAUCUGCAUAGUAUUGAACUCAACCGAGUGGGGACUCAAAGCCUCCUCGCCUGGCUAAUCGCCUCAGAACGUCCUUUGCGCAUCCAGGAAGUUGAACAGCUGUUAGCAGUGGACCUCAAGACUCUGAAGGUCGCAUCUCGUCCCUCCAAUACCGAGCGUGAAGUUUUCCAUCCUCUAUCUCGACUGAUCUCUGUCCGUGAUGGAUUCGUCGCCUUCCGGCAUCAUCUGAUUCGGGAACAUAUCCAGGCUCGGGCACUGAUGGGCCAAGAAGUACCCUUUACAUUGUCUGAGGCACAUUAUGAUCUGUUAAUUCGCUCCCUGGCUUGGGUUCGCAGAUCACUCACAGGCGAAACUGCUGUUUCCUGGGAUAAGCUCCGCGUCACCGCUCGUGACCGAUACUUGGACGCAUAUACCUUGCUGGAGUAUACGGCUCGCUACUGGCUUUCCCACAUGCUAGCAUCUCCAAUAGCUAGCUCCAAGCGUGACGAGCUUACGUUUACACAGCCCUUCCGCCGAGCUAUGCCGGAAUCAGUAUUGUUUGCUCAGCUGGAGCUGACGAACCGGGAGUCUCAAUUCUCUCGGUCCAGCAUAGUGGAUCUAUAUCGUCUAGCAGUUACAGUGCGCCGCAUUGUACUGGGCGGCGACUCCCCCGCUUUGCUGCAAAGUCUGAUUUUAAGUGCACGUGCAGCAGACCUAGCUAAGUCUUCCUGGGCCAAUGAUCAUCUGUAUGAUGCUUGGAUGCGCAGCCGGGCGCAACUUGGUCCAUCGGAUUCUAUCACCCGCAAUCUGGAGCAACUCCUUGUGGUAACCCCUGAGGGCCGUGGUAAAGCGAACCAGGCAGUAGGCUUCAAGACCGACGCGCUGCGUGAUAUGACACUGGCUGGGUGGGAUUCGUCCGAUAUCGGCUUUGCUCAACGUCUGCAAUACCUUGACCGUCUGGUUAAAACCUACAAAAACAACAAUCAAGAUGAUACUGCGUACGACACCUCAAAGCAGUUCUAUCGCCAGACAGUCAUGACCUAUGGACCCCACUCCUCCGAGUCUAUGCAGGCGGCCGAUUUCCUUACUCAGAAUUUCAACAUAGCGCCCCCUGAUGAGAUGGCGCUAGAGAUUGCACGCAAUAAGUAUGAGACCAUGAUGCGCUCCAUGGAUGCCACGGACCCACGCCGCGUUGCCUACUCGCUACGCUUGGCCCAGAUGUACGAAGAUAGCAAGCAGCCUGCCAGGGCUGAAGCCGUCUUGACUAAACUCUGGUCUGGCCUUUCAGCGCGCAAUAUCGACACGAGUUCUGCAUGGGACCAGAAGACAAAGGUUGCUUUCUACUACUCACAGUUCCUGCGCCGUCAGCGACGCCCUGAUGAAGCAACUGCUAUUCUUCGCCAGCUGUCGGCGGACUUGGAGGCAGACGGCGGCGUGAGGUCUCCAGAGAUGGCCUCCCGAGCAGACGAAUUGCGUGUUGAAGCCCGCGAAAUGGGCUUGGACGAUAUGGAUCGCGCGUUGUCCCUCCAAAUCUGGAAAUAUUACUACGAUAGUGGCCAACAAUACUCACCGGAGGCCAUUACUUUAGCCGAGUCACUAGUCAGGGGAUCGCUCCCAGCUCAGGGUAAUGUGGAGAGUAUGGGAGCUCUAUCCCCUGAAGAGAGUAAGCUUCUUCCCGGCUUAAUCGAUUCUAUCGCGUCUUCGGGCGCCGGGAAGCGGACCCUUCCGCUCUUGACACUCUGCCACCAGCUCACAACGCAACACAUUCGUGACGAGGAGUGGCGUGAGGGCAGCGAUACCGCGUGGGCAGUAUUGAAGCAUGCAUGGCCCACAGUGGAGGAUCCCCAGUCCAAGGCCAAGUUCGCUUCAAGCGAGGCUCCUAUUUUGGCUAACCUAGCAUUGGAUCAUGCGUAUUGUUUGUUCCGUCGUCUGGACAUACAGACUGCUUCCAUUGUAUACGGUAACGCUUUCAAAGCGUCUAUCACCGCGGACCAGGUGGCUGUACCUUCAGUUACCGCUGUGGUGAAGACCGUGGUUGAGUUUUACGAGACUACCUUCCAGUUCCAAAAGGCUCUGGUGCUCCUCCACCAAGUCAGUGAUUUCUUUGGAUCUCGGCUAGGUGACCACGACAAGCAUACUAUCGACACCCGGUACUAUGAAGGAGACUUGGCCUUGCGUUUGGACAAGCAGGGCGAAGCUGAGGACAGCUACCGUCAUAUUUACAGGGCCUGUCUCCGCGAUGGCAAGGUCAGUUCCUCCGGGGUGAGGGCUGCGGUGGCCCUAGUCAACAUCUACGUGCAAAACAAAGAAUGGGAUUCUGCAUUGGAAGUUUACCGGCAUCUGUGGCCCACGCUUGUGCGAUUUGAUGAAAAGGAUGGCUAUGACCGUGCUUUGCUUGAGGGCCUGCUACCUAAGACGUACACUGGCUAUAUGGAACUUUUGAGCAACAGUGCCGCGAAUGGAAGCUAUGCAGAGCGGUACAAGGUUGCCUCCCAGCAUCAGCAGUUGUGCCGCAAGCUAUAUGGGCCCACAGACGCACGAACGCGCGAUGCGACCCUCACUCUCGCUGCUCUUUGUGCGGAUUCUGAUCAACAUGCCGGGGAAGCUCUUAAUAAUUACCACCAGGUCUUAAACACUCACGACUGGGUGUCGGCCUCGGAAAGUUCGCGUGCUUUGCCCGAUAUGUCUGAGCCUCUCCCUAUUAGCAUUAAGCACCAAAUGGCGCAGCUGUAUCUCCGCCAGAAGGACACUUCGGAACCUGCACGCUCCCUGUAUGCUGAAGAGCUAGCAUUGGCCAAGCAGCAACAAGGUCUCUCCGCUCCAACCACACUGUUUUGGUUGCGUGAGAUUGCCCGGAUGCAUGCGGUCCAAGAGUCCCCUGAAGCUCGUCGUAAGGGCGCAGCUUUACUUGAUGACCACGUUGAUGAAGUGGUACACGUUACUGCCAAUCAUGAGGCGUUGGUUGACCGCGCCCACGCAUUAGCCCAGAUCUAUCUAGACUUGGGCUAUAUUGACGAAGGCAACCGGCUCAUUGACGGCCUACAUCAGCGUGUAAUCAAUGAGACACCUGCUGCUCAGCGGCAAUCUCUCAAUGAGUAUCGUCCAGCUGUCUUUGUUGCUGCCUUUGAGGAAGCCUUCGGUAAGCAACGCUCGUCUAGGCAGAUUCUUGACGAUCUGUCCCGCGAAGGCCAAGUCUACAAUGCCUUCCAGCGGAGCUUGUCCAGUCAUGACCUCAUGCCAACGUUGGCUGCUGGUGAGAAACUUCAUAGGCUUCAAACCAACCAGAAGCGCCACAGCUCUGCCCAGGAUACUGAGGGAAAGCUUUACGAUUAUUUCUGCAACAACCUGUCUAUCGCACAGCCGCUGCGGCAGAAGGACUCUGUGAAGCAGUUCUAUGGUGUCUGCAGGCGCGAAUCACUCCAGGAUGACUAUAAUAUCAAUAUAAUCACCUCUACCACCAGGAUGGUGAAAGGUCUUUGCGACCGCUCGCAAUUUCAGGACGCAGCAGAUGUAACUGGGGUCUUCCAUUCUUUCGCGCAUCUGACCGAUGGACUACGUACACCGGAAAGCAUCUUCACUGCUAUCAAGCUCUGUUCGUACUUGAACGGAUACCAGACACAGAAGUGCAUAGAUGAGACGACUCAAAGACACAUGAAACUGGAGUCCCAGAUGCUGCUAGAAGAGAUCAUGACUAAGACCAAGGAGCUUCCAUUAGAGUUCACUGAGCUUCCUUUCGAAGAGUUGAACGACCUUGUCACUGUUCUAGGUGAACAUGAAAUGUUUGAAGACCUGGAGUCCAUUCUUACCGAUCUUUGGACCUCGCGAAUCGUCCAAAAGACUUGGUCGCUCCCGGCUGUUGUGUGGAUUGGGCGCCGACUGGUUGAGACUCGGUUCUGCCGUGGUCGCGUUUCAUCCGCCACACAACUUGGCAAAGACAUCUGCUAUAACCUGCGCCAGGUUUGGGGCAAUUGUGAUCCUGUCACUUUGGAGAUGACCAAGCUGCUGUCCGGUCUGUACACAGCCUCGGGUAACCACUUGGCAGCUUCCGCCUUGCACGAGACUGCACUCGCAGAGCUUCUCAACAGUGACUCGGACCACCAAGAAGGUGCCGUCGAGGCCGUCACGCAACAUCUGGAGCUGCUUCAACAUGCCCAGGCCCGGCUUGCCAAGGAGGGUCAAGGCGCUGCUAUCGAUGCGACGGCCGCACAAGAGCGAGUGCACCAGAUCGCCACCAAGUUCGGACUGUCGACAGAGCAGCUCGAAGCGGUGGCUGACGCCGAUGAGUCCUUGGGCAUAUGGCAGCGGCCCCGUCGGUUCAGCUUGGAUGUUGAGGAUCUGGCGAAGCAUCAAAACCACCUGAGGCAGUCCAGUGGAUCGGCGUUGCUGAAUGGCAAUGCGGGAGCCAAACGUAUUUCGAUAACUGCUUUGUGAUUUAACGUUGUUAGGUUGUUUGUGCUCUUCUGUAUAUUGCUGAUUACUGUAAAUUAAUUUCCUCUAAUAAUAUGUACCAGUUUAAUGGAAU